AUGAUGAGUCCAGGUAAUGUAACACCCAAAUUUCGUGAUAUUUUCAACAUACCAACAAAAGAUAUAUUAAGAUGGUUCCCUGGACAUAUGGGUAAAGGCUUAAAAAACAUGCAAAAACAGUUAAAAAACGUAGAUUGUAUCAUUGAAGUUCAUGAUGCAAGAAUUCCAGUUUCUGGACAUUAUGCAGAUUACAGCAACACAUUGACUGGAUUAAAACCUCAUAUUUUUGUAUUAAACAAAAUGGAUUUAGCUGAUAUGAAAUUUAAGAACUCUAUAGUGGAAAAUUUAAAUCAAAAGGGAUUAUCUAACAUAUUAUUUACUAGUUUUAGAAAUGUAAAAUGUGAAGGUGCUAAAGAAUUAUUACCUUUAGCACAAAAAUUAAUUAAGGAAUCAAAUCGCCAUAACAGAGCACAAGAGUCUUCAUUUCAAAUAAUGAUCAUUGGCGUUCCUAAUGUAGGGAAAUCAUCACUUAUCAAUCGUUUAAGAAAUAAUAUUCUUCGUAAAAGUAGUGCUGUGCCAGUUGGCGGUAUUGCUGGCAUUACACGAUCUGUAUCAACACGAGUGAAAGUAUCAGAAAAACCAGAUAUCUAUGUUUUAGAUACACCAGGAAUUUUAACUCCCAAAGUAGAUAAUAUGCAUACAGGCUUAAAAUUAGCAUUAGUUGGUUGUAUGCAAGAUCAUUUAAUAGGUCCAGAAAUAUUGGCAGACUUUUUAUUAUUUUGGCUAAAUAAACAGAAACGAUUUGAAUAUGUUGAAAAAUUAGAACUAAGAGAACCACAUGAUAAUAUAUCAUACAUUCUUACAUAUAUUGCAGCAAAAUUAAAAAAGACUUUAAGAAUAAAGAAUUAUGAUGGUAAAAUAAUUAUAAAGCCAGACUUAAGGUUUGCAGCAGAACAUUUUCUUUCUUUAUUCAGAAAAGGAGAAUUAGGCUAUUAUUGUUUAGAUGAAGAUUUAUUACUGUCAAAAUGAAAUUUAAAUAUAAAAUAUAUAAUUACAAACAUAUUACGUUUUUUGUUAGAAAUUUAAAAAUAUUUUCAACUAUAUAUAUAUAUCAAAACAGUAUAUCAUAAGAUUUCUGCUUGUGUACAAUAAAUCUUAAUAAUUUUGAUAUUUAAAAAUAAAUUUCCAUAAUUCUAUAUAUAUAAUAAUGAUCAGCAUUGCUAUUAUUAUCAUAUAAUUAUUCCUCUUUAUUCAAAUAUGGGACAUUAUAUAUCAUAGCUAAUGUAUCUAUAUACGUAUAUACAUAUGCAUGUAUUUGAUUAGCAGUUAAAUAUAUAUAGAAAAAAUUUAAUCUUAUUAAUAAUUAUAUUAAUUAAAAAAGUAAAAAGUGAUAAAAGGCUAUUAGAACAAAGUAAUAUUAUUUACGAUAAAUUAAUAUCAAGAACUAUAAUAAAUAAAAUAAUUGCAUUAUUUAAAUGUUUCUUUAAUAAAUAAAAAACGAUAUAACAAUAUUAAAGAAUAAUGGCAAAUACAAUAUAAUCUUGAUUACUAUUGAAGAAAAUAUUAAAAAAGCUAUAUCAUAUACAUUAUGUCAUAUAUAAACAGAAUCUGUGCAUUAAUAAUAUUUUAAUCAGUCUUCUAUAAAAUCAAUAGGAUUUUGAAAAAAAAGUAUAGUUAUGUACAUGUAAUUGUGGGAUAAUUAUAACAAUGAUAAUCAUAAUUAAAUAAAUAUGUAUAUUAUGAAAGUGUCAUUUGAUAUCGAAAAAUUCUAAGUAUUUUUAUUAAUUCAAUAUUAUGAAAUUGAAUGUUUUAGAUUCAGUAGCAACAUUUCGAAGUUAUAAGUAGAUAUACGUAUUUAUUUAUUUAAUUAUAAAUUUAUAUCUUUAUUAAUUUUCAAAAUUAUGAAAUCAUUUCAAAACAGAUUAUUUUUUAUUAUACAAAGUUCGAUUACUUUAAUUUGUUUUAAACAAAAAUUAUUUAGUCUAUUCAUUUAAAUAAUUUAAGGUUUCGUACAAUGAUUAUUUAUACUAUAUGUUGUACUAUAUGUUGUUGCUUAUUAAAAGUGAUUGCUUUAAAAAAAAAUGUAUGAAUCUUACUACGUAACUAGCGUAAACCGUUAUGUUAACAUUCACUCCCUUCUCAUAUUAUAAAUUCUGUUACUUUCACCUUGUGAACUACUUACAAUAUCACGACUGGUUGUAAAGUCUUUGAUAAGAUUUAAUAAGAUUGUUUAAGAAAUACAUAAAAUAAAAUUAUACUAUAUACGUUUAUUGUAUUUAACACGAAA